AGAGAAAAUAAAGAACUGGAGCACAGAGAGAGCAUGUCGACAGUUGGAGCCUCAACAUGGCCGCUGGCACAAGUUGUAAACAUUGAGGCGUUACUGGAGCUCUGGCCACACCUCGCUGAGAAAUACACGUGUUUUAUGACUAUCAUGUGAAUUGCCGUCGAGGGAUCGUUGCAAAUCCUCAAUGUCGGAAAGCAGAAGGAGUCCACACGUUUGGAAAUUGGGCGACAUAGCUCACCUGUUGCUGUGAGUGGACUGAGUGUGGAAGGGGAGGAGAAGAUGCCACGGAGAGACUUUUAAAACAGGUGUUACCGGGAGAUUUGCAGGGACCGACCGUCCUCCUUCCACGGGGACAGGAUGGAGCAGGAGGACGAGAAUAUCUCCCUCCUGCUGAACAUGGGGUUCCCUGACGUGCGAGCCAUCAAAAGGGCCCUAAAGCUGAGCAACGGGGAGGUGAACGAGGCCGUGAUCUACCUGACGGAGCAGCCCCUCACCUCGUACUCCACCGUGGACGACCUCAGGGAUGUGGAGAUGGCCGAGACCCAGGGGCCGCCCACGUAUGAUGAGGCUGGCGGUGACAAUGGGAACAGCAUGGAAUUUCCAACAACCAAUUUGUAUGAGCUUGAGGGCCGUGUUUUUACCGACACCUGGUCAAUCCCCUACAAACGAGAAGAGUCAUUAGGAAAGUGUUUGGUUGCAGCAACACGUCUAGCUGAAGAAGGUCUUUGUGAUGCUGAUGAAUCAUGUCAGCGCUUUAUGGAGCGAUGUCUUCCCGAAUGCUUUCAAAAACUACUCGCAAAUGGUGCCGUGCGUAGAUGGGGGCCUGAGAUACAGGAAGGGGUGUUUAAUUUGCUAGACUUAUUGACAAAUCUCGUCAUUGCAAGACUUAAACAAGGGCCCAUUCCUGAAGCUUUACUAAAAAAUUCUUAUGCUCUCGCAAUGGAUUCUGAAUGUGAAUGGAACCAGAAGAACAAGCACAGACCAGCAGAAUUCAUUGGAGACACUACAUAUGCUGAAUCGCCAUCACAAUUUGAAUUAUAUGGUUGGCUGGUGGACCUCAUUAAUAUAUAUGGCAACCGUGGUGGCCUGGAGCUGGUGGCUGGACGAUUUGCUUCUGGAGAAGAGUUGACAGCAGGCCAGAUGGCAGCUUUGCUUCUUCCCCUUGGACAGUGUGCUAAGUUCUUAAUGCGGGAUAUAGUAUGUCCUAUUUUGCAGCCAGCUGUCACACAGGCACUGAAUUACGUGGCAAAUUUAGAGGAAAAGCAACUAAAGGGUCAGAAAAUUGGAUCAUGUUAUGAGCUUCUUGAGGCUGUUCGGCUCUUAUGUGUAUCCCUUUGGCCAGAAGAGGUGCAGCGGACGAGUGACCUUAGGCUCGAAAUGAUCAUUCGUAUGUUAAAGACGCCUCACUUUUCUGCAAGAAUGAAUGCGCUUAAGGAACUGGCAAGACUCAUUGAAGAUAGUGAGAGACGGCGAGGCAAUGUCAUUGAUGCUGACAUUAUUCAAGAGUGGAUGACCAGGAAUAGGGUUCUGUCUCUGGCUCUUGAAGGUAACAUCGACCAAGUGCAGUACACUGAUCGGAUGAAGGAACUAGUUGAGUUUAUGGGACCAAAGCUGCAGGAAGAGGAACUGACACGUAUUUGGCACAUGGCAGAAAAAGCCAGUCCCCAUGUAGUAGACAACAUUCACCGCAUUAUGGCUGCUGCUGCUACGCGCUUUAAUCCGCACCAGUUUGAUCAUCUUCUUAGUCUUAUCAGAAAGAGCUGGGAUGAAGGUAAUGAUCGGCUGAGAGAGAAACUGCUCUCCUUUAUUGGAAAGAUUGGCCAGGACUCUCGAUUAGGUCGAACAGCUGAGAAGAUGCUGGAUGCUCUUUGGGAGCUUGCACGAGUUCCAGCCUUGCCUCCAAGAUUAGUGCAUCAAGCGAUGAAUGAACACCUUGCCAUUCUCAAUGAGUCAGCCACUAGGGAACAGUUGAGGAAGUCAUACAUAGUGCGAUGUGUGGAAGAUAUUAAAAGAAGUCCUGCUGUUUAUCUUCCUCUGAAGCAGCUACAUUACCUUGCACGUUCCAUUACAAAAGGAGGGGCUUCGUACUUCAAAACAGAGAAGGCCACCUUGUCAGAUCUGAAUCGCAGCCAUGAAAUUGUGAAACUCAUCACCUCGAGCCUUAGCAAGUGCCACGCCCUAGCUGUGUCUGCAAGUGGGAACCAGCAGCCCUGUCCAUCCACAAUGAUUGAUGGGAAAUAUACACAUGAUGAUUAUAUGAGAGUGCACUUGGAAUUUCUCCAGUUCUUGCUUAAAGAAGGUGAUAUUUAUCUGGCUUGGGCAAGGUGCAAGGACAUUUGGGAAACUCUUGUUGGGAAUACAAAUGCAUCCGGUCAUGAUAAGGAGACUUGCUUCACUUGGUUCAGUGAUUGCCUGGGUGAUCUUGAGAAUAACACCCAGCGUGACCUAUUCUGUGAAAAACUCCUUCGUCUUGAUCCUGUAACCAUGACUCGGCCUGCGUUCACCUGUUUUGUUGAUUACUUCCAUGCUGUGAAUCUCAAUGAUCACAAACUGAUAAGGAAUGGAAAUGUGAUUACUGUGGAUAAGUUAGAACCCUUGGGAAUGGAAUUCAUAUGGCAGCUGGUUCUAGAGUGCCAGGACGAGCUACUUGCAGAAGAUGCAAUGAAGCUUUUGCUUGACAUGUCAUACAUGUCAUUAUCAGCUCGACUCAAGCGUGACCCACCACAGUUGCAUGCAAAAUUCAUAUCCGAGUGCUACAGGAAGUUAGAGAAAUCUAUGCUACGUGUCAAUGAGACAGCUGUUGGUGCUGCAGUGUCCACAGCAACUAAAACUCUCACUGCAAUGGCAGUGUCAGACAUUGGAACUCUGCCAGCUUGUUCAAGAACCAGCUGCAUUCAACACAUUCGGCGUGUACUGGUGCUUGCUGAACGCUACAUCAGCUCCAUAGAAGAACAGCACCCUGGCCCUCGCUCGUUACCCCCUCACGGUGCCUCUUUUACUGGUGUACCCAUCAUUCUCAACAUAACUUGUGAUUCUAAUAAGUUGGAUGUGAAACUAGAGUGUCACAGCAACGAACGGAUUGGCUUGAUACGAGGGAAGAUUGCCAACCUUGCACGGGUUUCACUAGAUCAGGUUCACACGCUAAUGUUUGGUGAAGGUGGGAGUGGAGCGCUAAUAUCUGCAGCUGAUCAAGACAACAGAUUACUGCAUCACAUAGGUGUUCACACAAAUACUCCUGUUGUUGCCAAGAUAAAUACAACUGGUGCUGCUCAACUAAAAGAAGUUGGGGAUAACUGGGAUGAGCUGCCAAGUGCUGCAAGUUAUUGUGAUACGGUUGAAAGUGGUAUCUCAGAUGUGGGUGCAGCAGGAAGCUCAGGAGCCAUGGCAAGUGUAGCGGGUCCUUCCCGGAUGGAGGCAGCAGGUGGAGCCUCUGCAGCUGUUGGGGACUGUCAGGGAAGCCAAUACAACCUGGAGCAAGAGAAGCAGUUGCCUGGAGUUGUCAUGUCCAGUCAGGGAAAGGAUUUCUUUUCUAUGCUGUAUCAGCUGGCACUUCUCGAUGAGCAAAGGAUUGUUGAGGCAGUUCGUCGUGUCCUGUAUCUUGUCCCAACUGAUCCAAGUGUUGCAGAUAAAUUUGAUCAUAUUUGUAGUGGAGGAAGUAUCACCUCUGAUGUCAGUCCAAGAACCACACCAUAUGGAUCACCUGCUAAAAGAGACAAAGUCAGGGAUAAAGAAAAGGAGAGAGAAACUGGAAGAGAAAUUCUGCGCACUUUGUUGGAUCUUGAAGCAACUGAUAUGACACCUUUCAGGCUUUUGUAUAAUAUGGAGGUUCUGUCAGGGAAAAUUAUGCCAGUGUCUCAAGAAGGUACAAUGCAUGGCAGUGCUCAUUUUUGUGAAGAAUUUCUUAUGUGUGGUGGGUUGAGCCUCAUUACAGCGCUGCUUCAGAGGGAUUCUCUUCCUCAAGACGUUGACUAUGAAAUUCGCCAAAGUGUCUACCUCAUAACUUUACAGAUAUUAAGGUAUUUACUCUGUGGUUCUGCAACAGUAGGGCAGGAAUUGCCCAUCACAAGCCAGCAACCUCACCCGGGACCACCAAAACGUUCUGCCCUGGACCCAUCAACCCAAACCAGUCCUCCCCCUCUGGCGUACUCAUCCCUUACUCCUAUCAUUGCCAACAAAGUCAUAGUGGGAAUGAGCUUGGAUGAAUGGUGUGAAAUGGUCUCCAGCCUCAUGAGAGUAGCUUGGGCAGGAGCUGCAGGCAAGCUCUACCUGUCCUUGGCAACACUUACGCUGAGGGACCCUGCUCUCUCACCCCCUGAGACUAACAAGUCAUCAAGACAAAGCAGCACUGGAAGCAGUCACAGCUCAAGUAGUGAUAGUGAGGGUGUGCUACAAGGAGGUGUGUGUGUACAGCAGACAACCAUUCCACCCGUAGAUUCUCUCAUUGCCUCUCAGUCGUUACACCUUCUUAUAGCCUUCUUAAGAUUCCGUCCUCAGCACAUAGAACGGUGGUAUGGGAUGGCGAAUGUGAAGGACUUCCUUGUUGAUGUGCUGGUUGGAUGUAGUUCACAGGAGGUACGAGAGGUUGCAUACCUACAAUUUACCAACCUUAUCAACAUUGCUACACCAACAGAGAUGCAUCCGAAACAGUUUCUUACUCAGGUGGUACUAAAGGCCCCUUUGCCUUUGUGGGUUCCGUCCACCAGCGCACGUGGUGCUACGCUUCGACUGCUAUCUCAGUGCACACAGUACUUCAGUCUCAGGUCAAAGUUACUGUCUGGACUUAACAAAAGUGACCAAGAAAUGUUAGGCAUCAGCGCCAACCAGAUGCUGGAGGACGAGGCAGGGUGGCUCACCAACUUCAAUGCCACAAGAGAAGCGGCGAGAGAGCGUCCUGAAUCAGGAAUAGCGGCAUUAAGGCAUGCCGAUAAUAUUCUCCUGGCUGGACAUCUGACGCUCAUCACUGCACUGCUAUCCUGCGAGGGGAUUAACAAGGAAGACUUUGGUGCUAUGCUGAUUCCUUUACUGAUAACGGAGUACCUGUUUCCCGCAUCGAAGUUGGUACUGGAGAGUGGACCAGGUCAAGACUCCCUAAGUGCUAGCAGAAAUUACUCGGCGAAGUGCACGGGCAAGGAAUCCCGUUUGGCUGCUUACCACCUCUUGGUGCACCUGGUGACCAACUCGGAGCAGAAUUUGACCAGACUUGCAGGGCAGCUCGUAUCUCUCCACCACACUUUGAACCCGGACUCCAUAAAAGAAUUUGAGUAUGCUCCGGCUGUCGAGGGACGCUGUGCCAGUGGAUAUGUGGGACUAAAGAAUGGUGGUGCCACUUGUUACAUGAACUCGGUCUUGCAGCAACUUUUCUUAGUACAAGGUGUACCUGAAGACAUUCUUGCCGUCUGUGAUGAUGACCAGGAUGAAGAUAGUCUGUUUUAUCAGCUGCAGACAGUAUUCGGCCACAUGAUGGAAUCACAGCUGCAAUAUUACAUACCUGACAAAUUCUGGAAAUGUUUCCGAAUGGAUGGACAACCUGUCAAUGUCAGGGAACAGCAAGAUGCUUUUGAAUUCUAUACAAGAUUAACUGAACAGAUAGAUGACUAUCUCAAAGCGCAGAGACAUGAGCGGGUAUUUGCUCAUAGAUUCGAAGGAGUUUAUUCCAUUCAAAGAAUUUGCCAAGAUUGUCCACAUAGAUAUGAACGAGAAGAGCCAUUCUUAGCCUUAAAUCUCACUGUCACCCGUUCAAUCAUAGAUUCUUUGAUUCCUCUUGAUCAGUUUGUCAAAGGCGAGCUCCUCGAAGGAGACAAUGCUUACUACUGUGAAAAGUGCAAUCAGAAGAGAACAGCUUUAAUACGCACAUGUGUUAAGAGCCUCCCUCCUGUCCUUGUUAUCCAGCUGAAGAGAUUUGGUUAUGACUGGGAAGCUUCAAGAGCUCUCAAGUUUGAUGAUUAUUUCAAGUUUCCAUGGGUACUAGAUAUGGGAGCAUAUACUGCGGAGGGCAUUGCCGAACGUGAGGAAGAUCCCAAUGGAGGUGACGAGCCUGAAAUCAGGAGCACCCCAUCACCAAAGCCCAAAGAGUCUCUCCCAAAAUCGCUCUCUUCUUCUCCUAGAGUUCCACACACGCCAACCAAGUCCAGUCCUUCAGGUGUUACGUCACCUCACACACCUAGGCUUAAUACAAGAGUAAGACAUAGGGGGGCAAUGUAUGAGUUAGUAGGUGUCAUUGUGCACAGUGGACAAGCAAGUGCAGGGCACUAUUACUCAUACAUAAAGGAUCGUCGGGGAGAUCCACUGACCAAUCCAAACAAGGGCAGAUGGUUCAAGUUCAAUGAUACAACUGUUGAACCAGUAGAAAUGACAGAUACUCUCCUGGAGCAGGAAUGUUUCGGUGGAACAUACAAAGCCAAAGUGUCAUAUGACUCGUCAAACCCACUUCCUGAGGACAGGCUUCGAUACUGGAAUGGCUAUAUGCUGGUAUAUGAUAGCUUGGAUGACAGAAUGACCACUCCAAAGACGCCAAAGACUCCGAGGGUGGGAGUCUCCUCCAGAUCUUUUAGAGCAUCAACUAGCAGUGCAAAGAAGAGUUUAUCUAUGAGUGGUAGCAAUGAGAGAAGAGCACGUUCAAGUUUGUGUGAACUAAGUCAACUAUUGCAGCAAGGAGAGAAGCAGGGCAUGUUCCGUGAACAUAUGCCGCCCCGCAUCUUAUCAUCUAUCACCCAUGAUAACCUCACUUUCUUGAAGAAUAGGGAUGUUUACUCUUCAGACUAUUAUAACUUCAUACAUCAUUUAUGCUCAGUUAAUCAGGAAAAGAGUCAGAAUGGUGUAUCCAGCAUCUUGUGUGUACAAGCAGUUCACCUUGGCCUAAACUUCCUGCUGAACACAUACCUGCGUACAAAGGACAAAGAAGAGGGAGUGAUCAGCCAGUGGGUCCAGCUCAUUCAUUCAUUGUGCAUGCAGUCUAAAGAAGCUUGCAGUUGGGUCAUCAACUUCUUUACUGCUGAACAUGGAUCAGUCCAUAUAUUACCACUGCUACUGGAGUGUCCUAAUAAAAUGAUACGAAGCCAAUUUGGGAACCUCCUGGACUCUAUCUUCAAGGCAGAGUAUGAGCAUGCUGGUAAAGUUAACAGCAUUGAGCCAAUAAUAAAGCAUCUUAUAUCAUCAUUAGCAUCUGAUGUCCCUUCCCUGGUCAAGACCUCUCAACAGUACUUCUUGCUUUUACAAAAUUAUUGUCAGCAGGGACUCACUCACUGUUCUCAAAUCUUAAGUUUGGGUGGGUUCUCCGCCCUCCUCAACUUCCUUCUCGGCCCAUCUGAUUCGGACAAAAGACGUUGGUCGUCUGUACAAGCUCAGGAUUUUGGACCACUGCACUCUAUCAUUUCCACUAUUAUUUUGUGUUUUGAUAUGACGCCACACCAGACCUCAGGUACAGCCACUCCCAGUGAAAAGAGUGAUGAAGACCAGCAAGAGAAACUGGUUAUGCCAGGCGAAGUUGUCCAAGUCUUGUACGGAGGCGAGCAAGCACGUUGGCUCCGGGAAGCAGUUGUGGCUUACAGGGAAGUGUCUGGCAGUGUCCCCUUGUUGUCCAAAGCGCUUAGGGCAGCUGCAACAGAGAAUUUCUCAUUUUCAAAAGCACUCAUUGCAGCUGUAAUGUAUGAAUAUGCAAAGGCACCCUCUAAUAUGUUGAAAGACCUUUCUCAGCUUCUGCAGGAGAUACUGCAAAUUAGUGAUUCCCUGCAAUCUAGUCGCACAACUGCAGUUCUAGAAGGUUUUGCGACUGCAGAUACAGAAAACAUUAUGGGUCUCUUGGACAUGAUUGGCAACAACAAAGACCACGACAGCAGGAGGGCUUAUCAGUGCAUCAAGCUCGUCGUGACACUCUCAGCCAAAUGUCCUUUAGCUCGAGACCACUUGACUAGUACACAGACCCGUUGGCAGUGGGCAGUCGAAUGGUUGCGGGGAAGGAUGGACGAUCACUCGGCCACUUUGUCUGCUGCCACCGGUCUUAGCAAUGAAGACUCAAACACGAAAAAUUUCCAACGAACCACAAGUGCUCAGCUAACCUUAGAAGAAGCCACAGCACUCCUGAGUGAGCUAGAAUCUACUGAAAUGGAGAUUGACUGUGACCCUGUUGAACUUGGUGAAAUAAAGGAGAGUGCAUCGGAGCGUGAGACUUCACCGUCUGAAGACUUGGACGCCAUUGAUCCAUAGAGAUUGUUCUUUAAUGUCACCAAAGAUUACCAAUAUGCCAGUUACCUUUUAUCUGUCUCCAGUAGGAAUCUUUUUUUCUGUCUCUUAAAAAAGGGAAAAUGAGAAGAAAUUUGUCGUGCAGUGAAAGUGUAAGAAAUAGAUUAGUCUCAUUGGAGAUGACGCUGCUGCCUCUCGAGCAUAGAGUUUUUAAAUCAUUUGUAAGGUUUCUUAUCAGUAUCUCCUUGCUCAUUCUUUCCUUGUAAGAGUACAUAGUUACUUUUUAAAAAGCGCCUGGCAUGCCGUGUCAUUGUUGCUAGGUGAUAUUUUAUGAGAAUGUCGAGUUGAAAAAUACAGGUAUAGUGCUGUAAGAUUUAGUUAUUCCAGAUUAAUUCUAUAUAUUUUCAGCAGUCUUCGAGUUAGAAUUCAUACUUCGGUUGUUUAUGUUAAUUCUUUAGAAAUCUAAUAAUCCUAAACAAAUUGAGUUUCAAGAAUGGAAUGUUUCACAUUGAAAUUGCCUGUGGUGUUUGACAGCACUGACAUUACCCAUGGUGUAUAAUAGCAUCUGUUGUUUUAUAUUAGGAAAUUGUUGUUAACACCAUAAGUGCCAUAGCAUAUAUUUUUCUCAAAGUCAUUGUUUUUUGUACUUUCCUCAAGAGUGCAAACCUAGAGAAUUUUUGUAUAGUUGGAAACUACUUACAUUUGCACUUGGACCAGUCUGUAGCCAUUUGAAAUCAGCAUUGAUUAGCAGACGUUUCUUGUAGACUGUUCCUUGGUGCUGUACUGCAUGAAGCACAAAAAAAGUUCUCUUUAAAAAGGAGAACUGAACUUGGUGUCAUUUUACAGAUACACAGGGCCUUGUAUACUUUGUUGACCUUUAUUGUUUUUAACUUCUUGUUACACAUCUGUUGGUCUUAGUGACUGAGUAAGUGUGAUUAAGAUUGAGUCUGUAGUUGACUUUUUUCAAUUUUAAUAAUCUAAUAAUUUUCUUGCAAUAAAUUGUUGAAAUGUGAACAAAGCUAUUAAAGGUUGAAUCAAUUGUUUGAAUAAAAUAGUAGAAUAUGAAUUG